CACAAAGCGAAACCACUGUUUACAAAAACAAAGUUGAUGACAGCGACUAAAAUCACCGACAGAUCGCUGCUUACCGUUUGCUCGACAGAGCAAGACUGAGUAUGAAUGGAUGUGUUAAGCCUGUGACCUUAUAAGAGAGGUCAUAAGAGACGGUCAUGAUGGCGGAGGAGGCUGGUAAGCUUCCACUCCGGCGCCUGGAGCCCCCCAUUCUGAAAUUCAUUAAAGUGGCCAUCCCCACUGACCUGGAGAGACUGCACCAGCACCAACACAACAUAGAAAAGUUUCAGAGAAGCAGACAAUGGGACAAACUGCACCAAGAACACAUCAACUCAAGCCGCACUGUCCAGCAGUUGCGAUCUAACCUGCGGGAGAUGGAGAAAUUGUGUGGGCGGGUCCGCAGCGCUGAUGCCGAAGCUCUGGAGACACUUGUUCAGCCAAUCAGAGAUCGAGCCUCCACUGCCAUUCAAGAGUUCCUACAGAUGCAUGCGGAUGCUGUCAAUAGGUCUUCCUUUCACGAAACUAUCGGCACAGACUUUCACGAAACUAUCAGCACUGACUCGGAUAAAUUGCACAGUUAUGGUGAAACAGGUGUCCCCGGUUCCUCUGUCACUCAAACACAGCUACUCCUGCCUGAAAUCCCUUCGGAACAGAACGCCGCUGAGUCCUGGGAUACUUUAGCUGAGGACCUGCUGGAAUUGGAUGGUUUAGUGCAAGAGUUCUCCACUAUUGUUCACGCUCAGCAGGAGAAGAUUGACAGCAUUGAGGCGAAUGUUAGCAUAGCAGCUGCUAAUGUGGAGGAGGGGACCCAGAGCCUAGGGAAGGCGGCCCGUUUGAAGCUGGCGGUUUUGCCCGUGGCGGGUGCGGUGGUGGGGGGAGUGCUAGGGGGCCCGCUGGGACUCUUAGCAGGAUUUAAAGUGGCGGGGGUCGCCGCUGCAGUGGGGGGUGGACUGCUUGGUUUCGCCGGGGGCAACAUUAUCCAACGAAAGAGGAAAGAAAAAAUCGACCUGCAGCUACAACAACUUAAGAGCAACAACAACAGUAAGAACGACACUCAGUGACACACUCAAGCACAUUUGUUUUUGUUGAGGAGGCCACGAGACGUCUGAGUUGCCGACCCACGCUCGUUCUGAAAUAACAUCCAGACGCUCAACGAACAUACAUAAUAACCACAACUGUAGAAUAACUCCUACAUGCAGUGCAAAACCUGCACAUGAGAUGUGCUACACAAAGUGGACCUGCUAAUUUUCCGUUUGCCUUAAUUCAUCAUUCAUGUCUAUGCCAAAGCAAAUAAGGCCUUCAUCUGAUCUUCUGCCAAACAGCUGAUUGACCUUUGUAGCAGUCAUGUGACUGUAGGUG